AUGUCGCGCUUAUCAGGUGGCAGCAUCCCGUCGGCCCAUGCAGAGCUCUACGAGUCUACAGCAGAAUUCCUCAAGGCCGCAGCCAACCCCACCUCGUUAGCCCUGCAUGCCGUGGCGUUCCGGAAACGCGCCAUCGACGGCGCAGGCAAGACGGUCGACCUCGAGACCCUUCUCGAUCCUACGCUGGUACAGAAACGCCAUGCUGAACACAAGCGCCAAUUCCGCGACGUCAAGCAUAAAUUCAUCGAGCAGGAAGCCAAACGCGCAUUCCUACAUGCCAUCACGGGCGAGGCGCCCGAAACCGUCCGUGACGGAGAGCAGGAGGAGCUAGCCAAGCAGAACAAGGUCAAGAAGGCGCGGCUCAAGGCUACCAAGGAGGAGAUAGCCGAGAUGUACGCCCAGGCUCUGGACCUGGGGAAGAAGAGUGCCGCUGAACACAACCGCUUGGCGGAAGAGACAGCCGAGGUCGCCGCCCUACAUAAGAGUAUUACCGAUAUGGAGCUCGAGCUGGCCCGGCUCAAGAGCACUUAUCCGCCCGACAAGCGCCUGACUACUUCCGAGGCUGAUGCGCGGCUCGAGGCUCAGCAGGAGGAACUUGAGCGCUUGACUGCCGAUAUUGCCAGUGCGGACGCAUGUGGCGCCGAGCUACGGAGUGAUUUGAGUCGGCGCAAUAAGGAGGUUGCGCGGCUUCAGAGGGACCGAGAACGAGAGGAGGCCCGCGCAGCCGAGGUGCGCAGGCAGAGAGAGGCGGGUGGGGCUGGUGUGCGGGCACACGAGCUCGGACGGUGGUAUGCGGUCAGUUUGGCGGCGUACAGAUCCCUUAUGGGAAUCAAGAGCGCGCGAGCUGUCUCGAAGAACGGCCUCGAGAUCGAGUAUGUGGACGGCGCUACGCUGCGCCUCUACUUUGACGCUGGUGGCCGGUUCGAGGACGCGUCCCUCAAGGGGCACGACAUGGAUCUCGCAGAGCUCGUCCAAGAGGCGCGGGAACGCAACGACCCCGCGCGACUCGUGUCUGCCGUCCUCGCGCACCUGCGCCCUCUCUAG